CUAUUGUGCUUGAACCCUUACGAGAUGAUCCUAACUAUGAUGAUAUUAUAUUAAUUAUAGAAACUAAAGAUUUAAUAGAUCAGGAUUAUACUACUCUUAAAUUAGAAUGUUAUUACUUAAAAACUGCUCAGCAUCUUAUACCAACUACUACUUUUGCAAAAAAAGGAUCUAUUCUUUUCAUAAAUGGUGAACUCUUAAUUAAUAAAGAAGCAUUUAUUGUUUAUCUUCAUGAGGUAAACUUCUUUGAAUAUCAAAAACCCAUUAAUAUGAAAAAUUUAACUAAUCUUCUGUGGCUAACUAGCUUAAAUAAAUCUCUAUCAAAUGAAUCAAAUAUAGAAAAAGAUACAAGAACGAUUGCUUUACAAGUCAAAAAGAGUAAACGAAGAAAAAUAUUAUCUACUACAAGAUUUUAUUUUAAUUUAAAAGAUUGUCUAAAGGUGGUUGAUCUGCUAAAAAGAUGUUAA